AUGACAGAAACGGACCUGUCGAAGAAAGUGGCUGAUAGAUACUUGAAGCGCGAGGUUCUUGGUGAAGGUACUUAUGGAGUUGUCUACAAAGCCAUUGAUACUAAGACAGGACAGACAGCCGCCAUUAAGAAAAUCCGGCUUGGGAAGCAGAAAGAAGGGGUGAAUUUUACUGCACUCAGAGAAAUUAAACUUCUUAAGGAGCUUAAAGAUCCAAAUAUAAUUGAGUUAACAGAUGCAUUCCCGCACAAGGGUAAUUUGCAUCUUGUUUUUGAGUUUAUGGAGACUGACCUUGAAGUUGUUAUUCGAGAUUGGAAUAUAGAAGCUCCGUCUUUGUCU